AAUUUACAAUGGAUUACAAGAAUCUAGCGCGCGAUAAUUGUUUACUAUCUAACUUUUUAUUGUGAUUUAACUUUUCCCUGUCUAGGAAUUUUGGCAUUAGGCGUAAAACCUUCGCGAAGAACACAAAUAAUUAAAAAUGAGAGUGCUACUGUUAACUCUGUUUGUUGCGGCGGUGACCGCCGUGCCCAUUCCUGAAGACAGUGGCAGCGAUGCCGUGGAGAUGAUCGUGAACGGCUUGCCCGAAGGCGCGGCGUUAGAGGUCAGCGAAAUUGUGGACAUCAAGCUCAACGAACACGCAGACGGUGAAAUAGUUGCUGCCACCAAUCUGCUGCACCCUUACACUGCCGUCGGAAUCGCUGAAGCUACCGCCGCUGCCGCGGCUGCUGCUCCUAGUGAAGUCAAUGUUGUUGACAGCAGUGAACCCCUUAUUAGCAGCCCCGAAUCCGUUGUGUUGCCGUCCCCUGCCGUUCCAGAAGUCGUCCCCGAAUCAGUCGUCUUGCCGUCUCCUGCCCUCCCAGAAGUUAUUGUCCCUGAACCCGUAGUCAUGCCGUCCCCUGCCAUUCCUGAAGUAGUCCCUGAGCCGGUUGUUUUGCCGUCUCCAGCUGUCCCAGAAGUUGUUCCCGAACCCAUAGUUCUGCCUGCCCCUGCCGUGCCUGAGGUGGUGAUUCCCGAGCCUGUGGUGCUGCCGUCCCCCGAGGUGGUAGACCACGAACAGUUGCCCGUUCCUAUUCCCCAAGUCAGUGGAGAUCUGUUCAAUGAUGGACUCGUGCAGGUCCAAUACAACGGUCCUGAACCCGGUAUGCUCGCCACCGUUCAGUCAUGGUUCAACAUGAUCAUCAACUACUUUAACGAUUCUUCAGAUUCUAUCAAUUCCGCUCACUUCUAAGAUGUUUCAACGUUUCUAUUGAUCUAAGAUUAAUUAGACAGUUUUUGUAAUUGUGUUUUAGUUUUGUUUUGUAAAGUUUAUUUCGUAUGUAUGUUUUGUUUUAAGAAAGAUAGUUGAAAUAUACAUUUAUUUUAUCGAA